AUGCCGCAGCCAGAGGGGAAAGGCGGCGAUGGAAGAAAAUCGCCAGUCCUGGCUGCCCUUCCACCGGAAGCAGCGCCAGCCAGAGGCGUAGAAGGUGCUCUGAGGCUGUCGGAAAUGCUAGCUGGUGAGAGUUGGGUCGUCACCUCAUUGUGUGCAGAGGGCAAGAGCGUGGAGGGGAGGGAAGCGAGUAGCGGCCGUUGCAACAAACAGGGGAAAGGCUGCGAUGGGAGUCUGCCGAAUGCUUGUGGCGUGCCUUCAACUGUAACGUCUGUUCCGCUGCCGCGAACGGCGGCUGUUGCGCUUGCAGGUGCAGCCGCUGCUGGUGUUACGGCUGACUCUCGAGUUUGUUGUGCAGUCCUAGAUGGCUUAUUGGGGGAGUUGCCAGUGGAGGCGUUGGCUCCUCCCAAGCGUGGAUCUGCGAGUUCUUUACGCGACGGUGUGACCCUUGCGAAUUUUAUGAGGCAAAGUCGAAACACAGCAGCUGCAGCCGCUGCUCGUCGGCGAAAACAUCCAGAAGCAGCGGCAACAGGGUGGGAGCCUGUAGCCUCGCCAGCCGAGGUGCGUGCUGCACUCAGCAACAGCAGCGAUAGCAGCAAUGCCGUUGCACUGGCCGUUGCAACUGCAAGCCAUGAGGCGCCCAUUCUUGCGCCUGGCUGCGUAGCAGCAGCUGCACGCCUUCAUGCUGCAGCAGCGUCGGAGGAAGCAGCUGCAGCGGACUCAUUGCAUCCUGGUCAGCUGUCUCUCCUUCCCAAUGCCUCGGAGAAGUCGCUUCUGCCGUCUUGCGCUGCAGCAAGGGUGCAGCGGAUCAAGCGAAAGAGACAGCGAGACAGGAGGACUGUUCUUGACGAGGAAACUUGGGAACGUUCCUUGUCUGCAACCAUCGAGAAGGCUUACUUCCCGGAUCUGCCGCUGCUGCGGCUGCUGCGGCAGCUGAUGGCUGCAGAAGGAGCCAACGACGCUGCUGCAGUGCAGGCUGUUUCCAAGAAAAUUGCCUCCCUCGCGGCAGCAACCCCGUUCCACAUGCAAGCGGCAGAGCGGCGGCAGCAGCAGCAGGAAUUGGACGACUCCGCUGUUAACCCUCGGAGGGAGCCGAGGCAGCUAGAGGAGAAGAUGGAGGAUGCCAUGCAGCAGCAGCAGCAGCAGCAGCUGCAGGCUUCGCAAGAGAGCGAGGCGUGCGAGGUGCUACUGCUCAAGCAGGUCAAACAGGAAGAUCGCAUGCUGUUGCAGCACGAUGUCAUCGAUGUAGACGCAUGCAGCAACAGCAGCAGCACAAGCAGCGAGGCAGAAGAGGACGAGAGUGGAGCAGGGGACCAGUUAGGUGCAAGGGAGCUGGGCAGGCGUCAUCGAGAGACUGAACUUCAGCAGCAGCAAAAGCAUAAGCAACAGGGAAGCCUGCAGCAGGCACCCGAGCAUGAGAUGCAGCAGCAGCAGCAGCAGCAGGAGCUGCUGACGUUGCUGCAGGAGGAGAACGGGGGACUGCCAGAGCGGCAGCCACCCCUGCCCAUGUCUGUGGAUGCUUUUUUCGAGGCAUUCGUGUCGGAGGAUCAGCACAGUGUGCAGCAGCUCUUGCAGAGGCGUGAGCAGCGUCUGCGAGAAAAGCAUGAGACUCUCUGGGAGCAGCAGCAGCAACACAAUUGCAAGCAGUUGCUGCUGCAGCAGCACACCGUGGCGGGCCGAACAGUGCCAGAAGGGCCUGCUGUAGGCUUUCAUCCGGGAGCGACACGGCUGUUUUUCAAAGGCGCAGAAACAGACGACGAUCCUCGAAAUAUGAUGCCAAGGGGAGAAGUUCGGUCUGAGUGCACCCGCUUUACUACCCUUCAGCGGCAGUUGCAGCAUGAGCAGCUGAAGCAACAGCUGCAACGUCGCCGGCAGCAGCAUGUGAACGCAGAUCAGAGCAAUAUGCACCAGCUUGUGCAGCAAGGAGAGUUUAGGCCUCUUCCAAAAAAGCCGACAGAGACACAUGUGCAUCUUCCAGGAGGGCAGCCGAUCGGUUAUUCUUUUGUCCAGUCACCCGUUGCCAUCCCCGUGAAGUCUCCUCAGGAUCCUGCCUCGAAUGAAAUCACUUGGGGCUCUUUGUUGAGCACACCAGUGUUGGUGCAGAUCGGAGCAACUACGCCUUGCAUAUCCUCCGCUGUGCUGGGAGAUUCAGCCUCCUUAAAGAGCGAAGUCGUAGGAUUCAAGAUGCCUGAGCCUGUGGGCAGAGAGGCCGCUGCUGUGCGGCUGCAGCAGAAGGCAGCAGAGAAGCAGCGGCGGAAGCAGCUUCACAGGUGUUCGUUGCUAAGCGAAGCUACCUCGAACGUGGCGGGCAGCAGAACCGCCGACUGUGCCUCUUCGUUGGCAGCAGGCAGCGUCAGCAGUGGCAAGAGAAGCGCCAACGUUUCACUUGCUGCAGCAGCUAUCCGUAGAUUGGUAAAGGCUCGCAGUACUUCUGGAGGAGGAGCGAGCAGCAGCAGCAGCAGCAGCAAUCAGAGGCUUGCCGCACUUAUGCAGUCUCCGCUGCUGCAGGCUCUCUCCGGCAGGUUUACCCCUGAGGGCGGGUUAGAUCUUCAGCUGCGAGCGGCCUAUGCGCCGAAACGAAGGGGUGAGUCAGGGCAGCAGCAGCUGCAGCAGCGUGAG